AUGGGGUUGUCCAAGUUAAAAGAAGGAAAUUUCUUGACAGUGGACAAAGAAAGUGAAUUUCUGAUCUCACCAAAUGGUACCUUCGCUGCUGGCUUUCUCAAGGUGGGCAAUAAUGCCUUUUGUUUCUCAAUAUGGUUCACAAAUUCUGCAGACAAAACUGUCGUCUGGAUGGCCAACAGAGACAGGCCGGUAAGCGCGAAGCAAUCCAAAAUGACACUCCAUGGGAAUGGAAACAUGGUCUUGACCGAUGCCUCCGGCGUAAUCGUCUGGUCAACCGACACCUUCUCUACUUCCGGCAUGGAAGCUCAUCUCCUUGAGACAGGAAACUUUGUCCUGAUCGAUCAAGCGUCGAAGCUGUUCAUCUGGGAGAGUUUCGAUUUCCCCACCGACACGCUUCUUCCUCUGCAGCCUCUUGUCAAGAACACAACCUUGGUGUCCAUGAGGAGUAAAGGUACUUACCUUAGUGGAGUAUAUAACUUGAAAUUUGAUGACAGUAAUGUAUUGGAUCUCAUCUAUAAUGGUCCACAACUUUCAAGUAUUUAUUGGCCAAUAGUGACUAAUGGUGUAUUUGCUGCGGGUAGAACACCUUACAAUAGCUCUAGAAUAGCAGUUUUUGAUGACUUUGGAGGGUUUCUAUCAAGUGAUAUAUUGGAGUUUAAAGCUUAUGAUUAUGGGAUUGGCCCAAAGCGCAGGUUAACUUUAGAUUACGAUGGAGUUUUGCGAUUGUACAGUCUAGAUGAGUCAACUGGCCUUUGGGACAUCUCAUGGUUGCCUGGUCGUUUAGAUUCUUGCCUUGUUCAAGGCCUUUGUGGGGAAUAUGGUAUAUGCAGCUACAAGACCAUAAAACCAGCAUGCACUUGUCCUAAUGGUUUCGAAAGAAACGAUCUUUCGGAUUGGUCUAAAGGAUGCAGACCAAAAGUUAAUCUGUCGAGUGAUUUGGAUACGAUGGAUUUUAUGCAGCUUCUCAACACGGAUUACUAUGGUUAUGACUUGGAAACUCUUAAAUUCGGAAUUUCCUUUCAAGAGUGCAGGAAUUCAUGCUUGACAGAUACUAGAUGCAAGGGGUUUGGAUAUACAUUUGAAGGACGAGCAAUGUGCUUCCCAAAAAGUCAACUUCUAAAUGGUUAUCACAUGCCAAAUUCUCAAAGUGUCUCGUAUAUUAAGGUGACAAAACUGAGCUCUCCAACUGUGAAUGCUUACGCCGAUGAUCAGUUGAUUUGUUCAGGAGCACAAGUUCUUCUUACCAGUAAUGACGCUAAAGGCGAAAAGAGCAAGAACAAUGGCUAUGUGAAGUACCUCAUGGCGUUUGUAGGUUCCUUUGGAGGCAUUGAAGUAAUCUUUCUCGGCUUGUGGUGGUGGUUUAUCUACCGAAAGCGCGUAAAUGAGGAGGUGAUCAACAUGGGAUACAUUGUCUUGGCCAUGGGUUUCAAACGGUUCAAACACGCAGAGUUGAAAAGGGCAACUAAGAACUUCAAAGAAGAGAUUGGAAAAGGGGGUUUCGGUUCUGUCUACAAAGCAAUUCUCGACGAUGGAAGAGUUGUAGCAGUCAAGAGAUUGGAAGGCAUUUUGCAAGGGAAUGCAGAGUUUUGGGCAGAAGUAAGCGUCAUUGGGAGCAUCAACCAUAGAAAUUUGGUGAAGCUAUGGGGCUUCUGUGCAGAAAAGGAGCACAAGUUGCUAGUCUACGACUACGUCGAAAACGGCUCAUUGGAUAAAUUCUUGUUCUCAGAUUCGUCUCCGACACUAGGAUUGAAGCAGAGGUACAACAUUGCACUAGGCACCGCAAAAGGGUUGUCAUAUCUACAUGAGGAAUGCCUUGAAUGGGUGCUUCACUGUGAUGUAAAGCCUCAAAACAUACUGCUAGAUGAUCAGCUAGAGCCUAAAGUUGCAGAUUUCGGCAUGUCAAAGCUCUUCAAAGACGUUAACCAUGACGCUGGAUUCUCUCGUGUUCGAGGCACCAGAGGAUACUUAGCCCCAGAAUGGAUGAUGAAUCUGAAAAUCGAUGCAAAGGCAGAUGUUUAUAGCUACGGGAUUGUGCUGUUGGAGCUUCUGACUGGGAAGUGUGUGUCUGAUUUCUUCUCAAUUAUUUCUCAUGACAAUGAGUUCAAUCACUUGGUUCAAUGGAUUACUGAGAAGAUUCGACAAGAAGGGUUAAAGGAAGUUCUUGAUCCUAGAAUUCCGGAUGAUGAGUUCGACCAAAAGAAGGUUGAGAGAUUGGUGAAUGUUGCUUUGUUGUGUGUGCAUGAAGAUCGCCAUUCAAGACCUGCAAUGAGUAAGGUUGUCGAGCUUUUGCUAGAAACUGAUGAACAAGCCUAGUUUUAAAGAUAUUAGCAACUAUAUAUGUAUUGGAGAAACUAUAUAUAUAUGUUGUACAAUUUACUUGCACAAAGACUAGACAAUGUUAUUUAGCUGUUGCAAAUA